AAAAAUUAUGGACAACGGGAAAAAAAAAAAAAGAUAAUUAUGAUUACAUAUCAAGAAUCGCUGAAAACAGUAAGUACUUAACUGAUAGUAACAUACAUAACAAUGGAUAGCAAUGACAACGAAGCUUUGGACUGUGACCAAGAGGUACUGAAAAAUAACUAUCAGGAAAUAAUGAAUAGUAAAGACGAAGCUUUGGAUCAAGAUCAAGAAGCUCUGAACAAUUAUCAAGAAACAAUUUAUAGUACGGACAAUGAAGAUUUAGAGCAAAAAACCCUGAACAAUAAAAAGCUGAACCGGGGAACUAUGGUUAGUAAUAACAAUGGUACUAUGGAGCAUAAUCAAGAAGAUCUGAACAGUCACCAGGAAGAAGUGGAUGUUAAGGACAUCGAAAUUUUGGCUCGUGAUCAAAAAGCGCUGAACAAUUAUCAUAAUUCAAGGAAAAGACAAAGGAGUACUAGCAGUUCUAGUUCAAGUGAUAAAGUUGCAGUUAGGACAAAGAAAGAAAAAAAUAAUGACGAUACUUCAAGGAAUCCUACAGAAAGUGUAUGGCAACAUGACCCAUCAGGACUCUAUGGACUUAAGCCUGAAUACUUGAGAAUUUUGGGAAUAGAGCCACCAAUCUGUAGCUGGGUUUCUGUUGAGAAUUUCAGAUGCGACAAGUCCGAGUUGCGUGAAGUACUGGAGCUGGCUGGCUACGUGGUGGUAUGUUCUUUGAUCUAUGCUCAACCGAAACAUGCCAAGGUCAUGUACAGUCAUCCACUGGAAGCUGUGCAGGCCAUAUCAAUGUUAAACAAGCAAAUGUUGUAUGGGCGUGCUCUGUCUGUAACAAUGAUGAGAUAUCCUUUAGACAAUGUGAUCCUACCUAAAGCGCUGCCUACCGUCGGCCCUGGAUUCGGCGCUUACGGUAAACCCUUAAGAGACAUUGUGAAACAUUACGAAAGAUUUGUCAACAUGGAACCAAAUUCACUAAAUCCUUUGCUAUUUUACGAUCCAAACGAUCCGCAGGACAAUCAAAAAAUGACGGCCCCUGAAAGCGUGGAAACAGACAAAAAGUCCAGAGAUGAAAUUUAUGAUAGAUUCCAAUUCUCGAAACAGUUUGUAAUACGACAUAUUGAAGAUGACAGCGAUGAUUCCAGAAGCGAAAAGGAUUCAAACAAUGGCACGGAUUAUCAACUAAAAGAUGCGCCUAAGACAACAGCUGUCCCAAAAUAUUCCCCUGGGAGCCCAACUCGUAGUCCACUGAGUGAUAUUGAUCGUAAAAGCGAAAUGGGGUCGGGAGCAGGAUAUUCGUUGAAUAAAUUCAGUACUGCAACGAAUCAAAGCAGUCCUGCAAUGGGGCCUAAUGGUGGUCACGUCGGAUCUAUGGGUACUAUUCCCAGUCAACAUAAUAACCCCCAUCCAACACCUAUGGGCCAAAGAUCAAUGAUUGCUCCUAAUGCUGCACCAGGCCCAAUUGGUCCAAGAUUUGGGCCUAAUCCUCUGGCAGGUCCCGGAUUUAGACCUGAUGUUCCAACCAGUGGUUCUAAUGUACCGCCAAUUUAUGGCCAACAACCUAUGCCGAAUCAUAUGGCUGGUCCAAGAUUCCGGCCGAAUGUUCUAAUUAAUGGCCCUAAUUUGGCCAAUUUGGGCCAACAACCUAGGUUGAACCCUGUUGGUCCAGGAUUCAGGCCAAAUGUACCAAUGACAAAUGUAGCCAGACCAAAUGGACCAAUAACAAGGCAAAAUGCACCAAUGACAAAUGUGCCAAAACUAAAUGCACCAAUUACAAUGCCUGGAAUAAGGCCCAACAUUCCUAUGUCUGGUCCAAAUAUGGCCGCUGGCCCAACUGGUUCCGGAUUGAGACCCAACACAGGGCCAACGACUGUGCAGUUUAGAAAUUUACCGCCGACGACAACGUUUGGUGUGCUGAGCGAGAAGCUGUCGCAGUGCGGGCCGCUGCUGUCGCUGCAGCUGGCGGCGCGCGGCUGCGCCACUGCGGCCUUCGCGCAUGCCGCGCAUGCGCACACGUGCUUCCAGCGUUUUAACAAUAUGUGUGUGGAUGGCUGCGUUAUUCAAGCUCGAAUUGUAUGAAAAGCUAAGUUAAAUAUCGAGAGAGAUGUUGGCAAAGAGAAAUUCCGACUUGGAAAAGACGAAUCAACGGGAUGUGAGUAUCUGUUAAUGUUUACUUAAGUAUAGCUAAGCUAUUAGACAUAAGUUGGCAUUUAAAAUUAAGUCAGAUCAUAAGAUCAUACUUCUUGGGUAUCUUUAAUUUCUUAAUAGUCGCAUAAUGGUCAUAUAGCACACUUAUACCGCACUGCUAAAGCUUUAGCAGUUCUAAGCUAAAACGUACUCUGUAGAUAUACUUUGCAUCUACAAGACGCAACCCGCUAAUUUCUUGUCAAUGAACAUUAUGUCUUACCGUGGACGCUUUAAAGCUCACAUUUCAAUGAACAUCAUCUUGCCAGCUGGGAGCGGUUUAGUAGAAGUUGCUAGGACCUUUAUCACAAAGAGUAUUUUAGAUUUUCAUAUUUCACCAUUAGCCGCAUUUGCCCACUGCUGGACGUUGAAAAAAUUCAACACCUUUAUAUUUAAUGUAUUUAAUUUUAAAACUAUUUAAAAAAAAGUAUUAGUAAAAAUAUUCAUUCAUUUACAGUAUAUGCGAUAAAUAAGGUCUUACAGAUGAAUACAUUCUUAUAGCGUAAAUAAAUAAGAUUUAAUAUUCAGAGCGUAUUUGCGAGUAUAUUUUAAAACACCACACGCAAAAGGAGGGUGUCAUUAUGUUUGUGUUUAUGCGCAUUAUAUCUAUGAUAUUGAUCUAUUCUGUUUUGUUUGAAAGGUGACUUAAUGCAGUGUGAGAAGCCAUGAUUAAAUGUCUGUUUGUUUUUAUUUAAACUUAUUAAUAUAUUAUUAUUGUAUAUAUUUUUUCAUUUAUAUCCAAUAUUUGAAAAAAUGUAGAUCAUGAUGGCACGUUGGUUGAUAAAGUACAUUUAGAAAAUGUUUUAUUUAUAUUUUAGGUUAAGAUUUUUAAAGUAAGUGUCUAUAGCUAUAGUUUUCAAAAAUGUGUAAGAGUUAAAUUAUUUCCAAUAAUAUAAUAUACUAUAUUAUUUAUAUUUUUGUUAUCCACACUAUUAUAAUAAAUGCGGAAGUCUCUGUUCGACUUUCACGGCCAAACUGCUGGGCUGUUUUUGAUGAAUGAAAUUUGGGACAGAAAUUAAUGACCUGAGGUCAAAUAUUAUAGGACACCGCGGGCGUAGUUGAAAAUGGGCUAAAAACUAAAAUACUAUUGAAUAUAAAAAUUCAAUUGUGUUUAGGAUCACAGUUUAAUAUGUAAAAUAUAAUAAUAAUAAUAAAGCCAUUUAUUUCUCAUUCACAAAAUGAUAUAUAGCACACAAUUUAGAUUAUAGUCCACAUUUAAAAUUCAUUAAUUAAGUAUUUAUUCAUGUCAUUAUCUUAAUUUCAUGUGUCAUUAAAUUAUAAGUCAUUAAAUUAGGUUGUACCUACUUAUAAUAUGUCAAGAAAUUAAUAAUGUUAUUUAUUUAUAUUAAUCUGUACCUAGUUUAGACCACUUUCAUUCAAGCAUAAUAAUCCCAAAAACAUAGAAAACGAAAAAUAAAACAAAGUUUUUAUCCGAUAAAAAUUAAAACGCUUUGCGAAUGACAGUAUUUUUAAUUUAUAACCAUGAUAUAAUAAUCACUUCAAAUAAAUUAUAUUUAAAUAAAUUGACAUUAUUUCUCAAAAAAUGACAUUUACUAUUAAUACACGCCAUUUACUUUUAAAAUUUUAAUGUACUACUUACAGUAUGUGAGUAUUUAUAAAUUAAUUAAAUAAAAUUAAUUAAAUAUUCGCAGAAAAUACAAGCCAUACGAUGAUGAUGAUUGAUAUAUUAUUAAUUUAGAGUAAGAUGAGUUUUUGACUUUUAUGCUAAAUGUUUACAUAGAAUAAUAGCUACAGAGUAAAAACGAAUCCUGCUCAUGCGAUGAAGUGAUCGACGAAAUAAAUCAUUUGAUUAUUGAUGAUAUAGUUAUUUAGAUAAAAAAUAUAUAAAUAUGUUCACAGCUUUAUUACAAAAUAUUCUUAUAGAAGUAUUCGUAAGUUACAUACGAGUUUAAUUUAGCAUAAAUCAAUAUAUUAAAAAGUUUUCAGAGCAAUAACAUGUGACGAAAAAAUAUCUUAUACGAUAUUUUAAUACUUUAUAUUAUGAUAUUUAAUAAAGGUGCCAAAAGAAAUGGUAUUAAAAUAUCUGUCACAAUAUCCUCGCGGAGGCGUUAAAAGCCCUUGAAUACGUAACUCUCGUUAAAACUCCUAAGAUACAAUCGGAACGCUUUGAGAUGUAAAAAUCGUGGAUAAUUCAUGAAGUUUUGUUGUAAUUUUAAUGAGAGUCCAUUAAUAGCGGCACUGUCGGCUUUGACUGUCAAGAACAAAAGUGUUCGUUAAUUUAUCUCUCCUUUUUACCACCCGUUGACAUAAUGUCGGAACAUUCAUUAAUUUAAGAACUAAGCGCGAAGUUACUUCGCUACUUUUAAAGCCUCCCUCGCGAUUAUGCAUCCUUUUGUGUCAAAGGUUUUAAUUGUGGCUUAGAUUGGAUUAGCCUAGUUGCUACUUUGAGUAAUGUUAAGUGCCAGCGUGGGUUCAAAAGUUUAAUGAUUAUUCAGGAAUUUCAAUUUAACAGGUACUUUUAUUCGUCAAUGUACUGUGUAUAUUGAGCUAUCCACUAAUUUCAGCUGAUUUUAGAUUUAUUAAGAUAAAAUAUAAUAAUAUAAGACCUUUGUAUUCGAUACUGGUCUAAAAUGUGGCAGCAUUUUCUUAUUAAUAUAUUUUUAUGAGGCCUUUAAUCGUAAUUAUAUGUAUAGUGUUAUAUAAGCAUUUAAUUUACCAAUCAUAAAUACUACUUAUACUGACAUAAUUUUUGAUUAUUGUUAUAUAUAUA